GGGGAUGCCAGGGGCCAGCUGGUGGCGGAGCGACUGGGUCUGGGACACAACCUGGAACUGUCCGACACCAUGGUUCAACAGAAGCUGGACGAGAUCAAGGAGCAGAUCCGCCGCGAGAUCCGCAAAGAGCUGAAGAUCAAAGAAGGUGCCGAGAACCUGCGAAAGGUCACCACAGACAAGAAGAGCCUGGCCUAUGUUGACAACAUGCUGAAGAAGUCUAACAAGAAGGUUGAGGAGCUUCACCAGGAGCUGCAGGAGCUCAACGCCCACAUUGUGGUCAAAGACCCUGAAGAACUGCUAGAAUGCCCUUUGACGCCAGAUACGCCCAACAGUGAGGCGAGAAUGUGCAACAGCAGCAGCCGCCUGGCCGCCCUGAAAAGACAGAAUGACAUUGAGCUCAAGGUCAAACAGGGAGCCGAGAACAUGAUUCUGAUGUACUCCAACGGGCCCUCCAAGGAUCGUAAGUUGCUAGCGACUGCCCAGCAGAUGCUUCAGGACAGCAAGACGAAGAUAGAGUUCAUCAGGAUGCAGAUCCUCAAGUCCAGCCAGGCCAGUGAGCUGAGCUUCGACAACAACGAUGUGAUGGACAAGCCCAUCAUCAGCCCGUUGGACCUUCGGGUGGAGGAGCUGUGUCACCACGCCAAGAUAGAGUCGGCUGUGGCAGAGGGAGCCAAGAACGUCAUGAAACUCCUGGGCACGGGAAAAGUGACAGAGAAGAGAGCACAUUCAGAGGCUCAGGCUCGCUUUAAUGAGUCCAGUCAAAAGCUGGACCUCCUGCGAUAUUCCUUGGAGCAGCGCCUCAUUGAGUUGCCUAAAAACCACCCUCGCAGCAGCAGCAUCAUGGAAGAGCUGUCCCUGCUGUCCUCUCCGGUCCUCAGUCCCAGAUCCAGCAUCAUCUCUACACAGAACCAGUACAGCACCGUGACUAAGCCCGCUGCACUCACAGGCACGUUAGACGUCAGGCUCAUGGGCUGUCAGGACCUUCUGGAAAAUGUUCCAGGUCGUUCCAAAGCUGCAUCUGUCCCGCUGCCAGGCUGGAGCCCCAGCGAGACGCGCUCGUCCUUCAUCAGCCGAGCAAACCGAAACCGUGGCGUGAGCUCACGGAACCUGACGAAGAGCGAGGAGCUCUCUAAUGAGAUCAGCGCAGUGUUGAAGCUGGACAACACGGUCGUCGGACAAACGAGCUGGAAGUCCGUCAGUAACCAGGCCUGGGACCAGAAGUUUACAUUGGAGCUGGACCGGUCUCGUGAGCUGGAGAUCUCGGUGUACUGGCGUGACUGGCGUUCACUCUGUGCUGUCAAGUUCCUGCGACUGGAGGACUUCUUGGACAACCAGCGUCAUGGGAUGUGUCUGUACCUAGAGCCACAAGGGAUGCUAUUUGCUGAGGUAACGUUUUUCAAUCCUGUCAUUGAGAGGCGACCAAAGCUGCAAAGACAAAAGAAGAUUUUCUCGAAGCAGCAGGGUAAAACCUUCCUGCGAGCUCCUCAGAUGAACAUCAACAUCGCCACCUGGGGCCGCCUGGUGAGGAGAGCUAUACCGACCGUCAGCACCAACUCCUUCAGCCCGCAGGCGGCUGAGACUGGGACCAGCAGCUUGCCUGGUUCUCCCACACCCUGCAGUGACGCGCUGGUGACCAAGCUGGACUUUGACAAAGAGCCCACCCCAGGACCCAAACACUUCCCAGCCCCCGACGACAUCCGAGAACCCCUGGUGCAGGAUAAGAUGCCUGACAAGGAGGAGGUGCAGGACGCGCUCGCCUCCUUUGACUUCUUGAACAAGAGGAACAGCAUGGCGGUGAAGUCUGACCUGGACAGAGUGGUGGAGCAGGAGAUGGAGCAUCCAGACCUGGAGCUCAUUACCAUCCCGAAAGACUCAGAGAUCAGGGAAGAAGAGCAGUUCCACUUCAGUCUCCAAGACUUCAAAUGUGUGGCAGUCCUCGGACGUGGUCACUUUGGAAAGGUGUUGUUAGCAGAAUAUAAAAGCACAGGAGAGAUGUUCGCUAUCAAAGCGCUGAAGAAAGGAGACAUCGUGGCUCGCGAUGAGGUGGACAGCCUCAUGUGUGAGAAGAGGAUUUUCGAAGCGGUCAACAGCGUCCGCCACCCCUUCCUGGUCAACCUGUUUGCGUGCUUCCAGACGCAGGAGCACGUCUGUUUCGUCAUGGAGUAUGCAGCGGGAGGCGACCUGAUGAUGCACAUCCACGCGGAUGUUUUCUCCGAGCUCAGAGCCAUAUUCUAUGCAGCCUGCGUCGUAUUGGGACUGCAGUUCUUACAUGACCAUAAGAUUGUGUACCGAGAUUUGAAGCUGGAUAACCUGCUCCUGGAUACAGAGGGCUAUGUGAAGAUUGCUGACUUUGGGCUUUGCAAAGAAGGAAUGGGCUUCAGGGACCGCACCAGCACGUUUUGUGGCACGCCAGAGUUUUUAGCUCCUGAGGUUCUGACUGAGACGUCGUACACUCGCGCUGUGGACUGGUGGGGGCUGGGGGUCCUCAUCUUUGAGAUGCUGGUUGGGGAGUCGCCCUUCCCUGGUGACGAUGAGGAGGAGGUGUUUGACAGCAUCGUCAACGAUGAAGUCCGCUACCCACGGUUCCUCUCCACCGAGGCCAUCUCCAUCAUGAGGAGGCUAUUGAGGAGGAGUCCAGAACGACGACUGGGAGCCGGAGAAAGGGACGCAGAGGAGGUUAAGAAACAUCUAUUCUUCAGGAACAUGGAUUGGAACGGACUGUUGGCGAAGAAGGUGAAGCCGCCGUUCGUGCCGACGAUUCAGGGCACCAACGACGUCAGCAAUUUCGACGAUGAAUUUACCUCAGAGGCUCCGAUCUUAACCCCGCCCAGGGAACCCCGAGCGCUGAACUCCGACGAGCAGAACAUGUUCUCUGACUUUGAUUACAUCGCUGACUGGUGUUAGCUCCACCUGACCCCCCCCCCACAGACACACACACACACUGUGAACCAACCAACACAGCAAUGACUGUAGCUCACGUCAUUUUUAAAAACUUUUCCUCUUCCUUGCCCAGAAUGUUGAGGAGCAACGAGCCUUCGGGCAGAACUCUGUGCCAUUGAGAAGAAAGUCCUGAAGCUCCACAAUUAUUUUUUAAUCCACAUGAAGAACUUUUUUUUUUUUUAAGAAAAAGAAAACAAAUGAAACUGUUGGAGAGUGAAGGAGGAGGGAUGCUUUGUCCUCCUGCACACGUCGUCGUCGUGUCCAUUGUCUGACCACUGAGAAUGUUUUUCAUAUGAACUCCGAGAAGACGGCAAUAUCACAAUCAUGUUAUUCAGUGUCACCGUCUUCACUUUUUCUGGAUCUGUACAGAUUAUAUUCAGUCGUAUAUAUUUUAUUGUCGUGUUAUUUUCCUCUUCUUUAUUUGAAAAGCCCUCGCCAACGGACAUCCUAUCCUAUCUCACUGUAAAGUUUGACAUUUCUGCCGGCUGUUGAGUGAAUUUAAAGUGCUCAAAGCAUUAUCACUCAAGCACAACAAACAUCUUGACUACUACUGCUGCUUCUCCUCUUAAAGUCAAAGUGAGUCUUUACACUACAGGUCUGUCCAUGAUCCGUUAAAACACUCACCUUUCUUACGGUGUUUCCAUGUCUGCAUACAAGAACCCACAUGAGGAUAAUAAUACUCUUUAGUAUAAGACAGCAGUCUUAUCAGUGUUUAAUGCACUGCCAUCACUUAGUGUAGUAUUUGGAAAUGAGUGGAUAAUUAAAGAUGCCUUUUGGCCAGAAGAAAUAAUGCUAAAUUAUUAAAUAUUCUGUCUGAUGCCCUCUAGUGGCUCUGUAGAUAUUCAGCUGGACUCAGUUCUAAACAAAGUGCUGCUUAGUAUUGCAGUAUCUUUUGGAGCAAUCAAACAUUAAAUUAAUUUGUUUUCUGAGCUGAGUUCUGUUGGAUUCGUUUUGUUUUGUUGAAAAGGCGUUGACUUCCUCAAUGAACAGCUGGUUGUGGUGAACCUGACAGCAUUUUUCUUGUUACCUCAGUCAAAGUGAAAGCACUAAAGUGAGUCGCACAGUUAAAAGCUACCAAAACCAAAUUCAUCCUGUCCCUCUUGAAGCAGCAAACAACUCCUCAUGGUUAAAACACUAUUUGACAGAUGAAGAAAAGAUGUGUUGAGCUGUUUAGUUGGGAACAUCGGAAACGUUGCUAUUCUAGGUGUCUCAUGAUGCCAUUUGAAUGCUUCACAUUGUUCAGGCUGUGAACCCGUGGAACCAGCUGAUUGUUUAUAUGUAACAUGCAAAUUGACACUCAAAUGUUGGAGACUUGUUAUGAAUCACUACAGGGGAGGGCAGGUAUGUUAUAUAUACAAACUGUAUGUACACAAGCUGAAAGCACUAAUUUUAUCAAUAGUUUUUAAUUAUCUAAGUUUCUUAAUGAAAAUCGAUUGUACAAAGUUUUUGUUUUUUAUUCUUUGCUUGUGCAUGUUGUUGCCAGAACAGAUCCAGAACUUCAUGGAUGGUACACCAAUACUCAAGUCACAACUGUUGCAGUUCACCCCGGUGUAAAAAAAGAGAAGGCAUUCCUGCAGUCGAUGUUGCCCAUCAUGAUGCACAAAUUAAACAUUUGUAAUAGUG